AUGUCUUGCACCGGUGAAUGCAAAGUACCAAAAAACUUGACGCUGUCGGCGCAGAGGGCUGCUGCCACUGAUGAUGACGACGCUAUAUGGGCAAGUGACGACGAAAUAGAUACUUAUGCAGACUUGCAUCGUGCUCACGUCACCCAAGGUUACAUUGAUGGCAUCACUCAAGCUCAGGAGGCUGGCUUGCAAAAGGGCUUUGAUGAAGGCUUCCCCUAUGGUGCUGCUCUUGGGUGUCGAGUGGGCCGUAUUCUCGCUAAGCUUUAUGGCACCCCCGAAUUUGACGAGGCAAAGAAGGAGUUGAAUGUCUCAUCUGUGCUUAGUAAAGACCACUUCGAUGAAUCGCUAAAUCAACAAAGACACUCUCUUGUUGAAAGAUGGGAAGCAUUUAUACAGUAG